AUGGCGAACCAAACGCCUGCCGUUGUCAUGGACAACGGCACGGGAUUCUCGAAGCUCGGUUUCGCCGGCAACGACUCCCCGUCCUUCGUGUUCCCGACCGCCAUCGCGACGAAAGGUGCUGCCGGAGGCAGUGGAGGAACGGGCUCUGGCCGUCCAGCUGUUGCGAACAAGCCUUCCUUCCUUACGGGCGGCGCAGGCCCCGGCGGCCACCUGAACUCGAAGCGAGGAACCGAGGACUUGGACUUCUUUAUUGGCGAUGAGGCCAUUGCGGCCUCUGGAGGACCCGGCUACGGUCUUCAUUAUCCCAUCCGCCACGGUCAAAUAGAGAACUGGGACCACAUGGAACGAUUCUGGUCUAACUCCAUCUUCAAGUAUCUCCGCGUCGAGCCCGAAGACCACUUCUUCCUCCUCACAGAACCGCCCCUGAACCCUCCCGAGAACCGCGAGAACACGGCCGAGAUCUUCUUCGAGUCAUUCAACUGCGCCGGUCUGUACAUCGCCGUCCAGGCCGUGCUUGCCCUUGCCGCCUCGUGGACCUCGUCCAAGGUUCACGACCGGUCUCUGACCGGUACGGUCAUCGACUCUGGUGACGGUGUUACCCACGUCAUCCCUGUCGCCGAGGGCUACGUCAUUGGAUCCUCCAUCAAGUCGAUCCCCAUCGCCGGCCGCGACCUGACCUACUUCGUGCAGUCCCUGCUGCGCGACAGAGGCGAGCCGGACUCGUCGCUUAAGACGGCCCAGGAGAUCAAGGAGCAGCACUGCUACGUGUGCCCCGAUAUCGUCAAGGAGUUCUCCCGCUACGACCGCGACCCCACCCGCUUCAUCAAGCACCCUGUGCUCCAGCCUGGCGGCCGCCAGGUCUCCGUCGAUGUCGGAUACGAACGCUUCCUCGCUCCCGAGAUCUUCUUCAACCCCGAGAUUUACAGCUCCGACUUCCUCACUCCCCUUCCCACUGUCGUCGACAACGUCAUCCAGUCAUCGCCUAUUGACGUCCGUCGCGGUCUCUACAAGAACAUUGUCCUUUCUGGAGGCAGCACUCUGUACAAGGAUUUUGGUCGUCGUUUGCAGAGAGAUAUCAAGCAGUUGGUCGACGCGCGCAUCCGUGCCAGCGAGGUCCGUAGUGGCGGUGCCAAGUCCGGCGGCUUGGAGGUUCAGGUCAUUACGCACAAGAGACAGAGGCACGGCCCCUGGUUCGGUGGUAGCUUGUUGGGCCAGACGCCCGAGUUCCGCUCCUAUUGCCACACCAAGGCUGAGUACGAGGAGUACGGUCCUAGCAUUGUUAGACGGUUUGCGCUGCUGGGUGGCCCUGGCGGCUCAUAA